AUGGAUCAACAAUCCAUUUUUGAAUAUCUAGAUACUUUAUAGCUACAAAUAACAGAUCCAGUUUAAAAGCAACUUGAGUAUUAUCAUGAUAAAAAAAACAUGAUAACUUCUUAAAAGAAGAUUUCUAGUCCUCAAUUUAGAUCACCUCAAAUCAAUCCCUUAUUAGGUGAUUAGUUAAACAUUAGAAAAACAUUAUCCCAACAAACAAUUGCUUUACCAGAACAUGUAAACAGUUUAAAUAUAAAUUCUCAUAAAAAAAGCCAUUUUGAGAAGAGAAUUACUUUUUAAUGA